AUGAGCCCCCCUUCUCCCAAGAAGAGCGGCAAUCCACCACCGCGCCAGAUCCGCUUUGUCGCAACCGACGGCCAGCCGCAAACCAAGCGCCGUCGAGUCAACGCCGCUUGUCUCACAUGUCGCCGGCGCAAGAUACGAUGUUCAGGCGAGCAGCCAGUUUGCAAGACGUGUUCCGAUUAUAAGCACACGUGUCUUGGUUAUACCGAUUCGACCGCCCAUCUGCGCACACAGUCCGAUUCUACGAACCGUGCUCCGCCGAACUUGUCCGGGCAGAAUGGAUCUAGUCAACGUGUUGCCCGAGCUGUUGAGAGUUGUUCCCCGGAGCCGACCCUGCCAACUAUAUCGAAACCUGCUGUGGAUAAGUCGCCCAAAAACAAAGCACCGGACGGAAAAGAUACCUCUAAUCGAGAGCCAUCGCGAGCGAACAAGGAGUUGGACACACAAGCAGCUGUUGAUAGCCCUCGCAGCAGAGGGACCUCUGUGAGCUCGGGGAAUCGCACCCAUGUCCCAUACUUUCGAUACUUUGGACCCACAGCUAUCGUGCCUGGAUUUAAACAGAUGGUUGUACAAGUUCGAGGCUCUCGCAAAAGUAAUGCUUCAAUGUCUUCAGAUUCCCUCUCUCCUGUCAGAAGCCCCAAAACUUCCGGUAUUACAGCUGGACCGUCAGCCCCGGUAGCAGAGAACCGUGAUAAUCGCGACGCAAAUACGAUCCCAUUUUACGACCGAGACGAUACGCUCCCCGUUUCGAACCUUGUAUCCCAUCUAUGCGAUCUCUUCUUCGCCCACUUGGGUUGCAGUUUUCCCUUCCUACAGCGCGACAGAUUCCUUCAAGAUCUUAAAGAUAAAAGAGUUGAUACCAUGUUGGUAGAUGCGGUGUGUGCAUUGGCUGCAAGAUUCUCACCGCACCCUUUACUUGGGCCACCGCAGGCCCAGCCUAUCGAUAAUUCGCAACCACUACUAGACGACAAGAAAUGGGAUCGGGGUUUACCCUUUGGUCACCGGGCAAUGAGCGCUUUGGUGGAUUCCUUACCGUGCCCGACACUUUCCGCUGUACAAGCUUGCCUCUUACUGGCAUAUGAACAGUUCGGGUCAAAUCAUGACAGUGGUCUGUGGAUGUACUUGGGGAUCUCCAUUCGAAUGGCUCAGGACCUUGGUUUGCAAAAGUUUCAAGGAUUAAAACACAGCUAUGGUCAAAGUGGAGUCACACCAAGUGAAGUUAUGACUGGGCAUGCAGGCAAACUUAGGGAAGAUCAGUACGAUGACCUUGAUGUGCACCAUACACCGAAGACGACGCCAAAGCCGUUAAGCGCAGAACGGGCUCGGGAACGGGAACGAGUUGAUUCUUUUUGGAGCAUCUUCUUUUUGGACCGAGUAAUCUCAUCAGGAACCGGACGACCAGUGACCUUACGCGAUGAAGAUAUCGAGCUCUGCUUCCCUCUUCAAUCUGAAUCUCAACUACCGAACGGGUGGCCUGCACCCUUCCCGCCGCUCAUUCGUAUUAUUCAUCUUUAUGGGCGAGUCACCGAUCUCAUCAACGGGAUCCAGGAUGUCAAGCACGUUACACCGGAUACCCUGAAAAUGCUAGCUGGGAUGGAAAGCGAUCUUACCGGUAUCUACCAGCGGUUAUCCCCAAGGCUUCAUUUUAACGCGGCCAACUUCCAGGCCUAUGUCAAGGCCAAGGAAGGGACUAACUUCAUCCUUCUCCACUUCUGGUUCCACACGCUUAUUGUCCUGCUCCACCAGCCGACGUUGCUUAACUCAUUCGGUGGGACCAUCCAACACCUCUAUCCCAACAGCCGAGAGCUCUCCAUGUCAUCCGCCAAAACGAUCGCCGAUAUACUUUCAUUCUCGGAGCUUGUCGAUGGAAAAAGCUUCAUUGGUAAUCCAUUCACAAGCCAGCCGAUGUACAUUGCGGCUUGUGCAUUCCUUAUGGAAAGUGCAUAUUAUGCAUCUCCGUCGAGCUCUGGAUCACCUCCACCGCAGCCAUUAUUGACAAACCAGUCAAGUGGAUUUGUUAUGCCUAAUAUGGAAUCAUCGAAUGGGACAGAACGAAAGUCUACCCAAAAGCAUAUUCUGCUAGCUUCUGCUGCCAAGGAGAACUAUCAACGAUGUUACAAGGCCCUGAAAGCACUUAAUACUUACUGGGAAGGCACUGGUUAUAUCUUGACAGUGCUGGAUCAGAAGGCGAAGGGCAUUGUGGACCCUCUUCUUUAUACUGUAGAAGAUAUGGAGAACGCUGAUGGGUUUGCCCCAGGACAGCCUGUCGGACUGGGACCUUGGCGGACAGGCAAAACACCGGCAGAAUCUAGCUUUGAUCUGGAAAGAGCAGGAGUGGCUAAUAUUCCAUCUGAUGGGAGGUGGUCACCACAUAUUGAUCCAAGUCAAGCAAUUGGAUGGGCACUUGCAGGAGCUACAGGCUCUGCUCAGCCGAAUCUGAGCUUGCUCUACCAAAUGCCAACAACUCAGAAUGAACAUUUUCGCAACAGGCCAACAUACUCGUCCCAACAUAGCCACAGCUAUCCUAUUCUCUCCCCGACUGCCGGAGAAGGCCCCAGCUCCUAUGCCCAACCUCUCACCCAGCCUCAGGGACUUGAAAAGCACACAUCAGCUCUUCAAACACCGAAUCCCAAAUACUCGCACAUUCCAUCCCCAAGCCUCGGCAACGAGCCCUACUACAUGAACCUGGAUCCAGCAUACCCAGAAUCAAGCACCCAAACAGCGAGACCACUCUUCCCCAACCUCCCAUCGUCCCAAAUGGAAACCCAACAAUCCUACAAUUACUCGAUACCUUCAACCGCGGAUCACUCAAGCAGAAAUCACAUGGGCUCUCGCGGUCCUGACCUCCACCCAACGAUGAAUACAGAUAAUGGGAUGAUGAUUGGAACCCACGACGUCGAUAUGAAUUCCCUCCACCACCAGGACUCUUUCCCUUUUGCAAAUGGCGAGAUUCUGCCCUGGCUGGAGUAUCUCCCACAAGAUGUCCUCAGCUUCUUUGGAGACCAUCAAAAUUACCCUCUCAUGAGCCCUGACGAUGCGACGCCACGGCCUCCAUAA